UCUUUCUGUUCUGAAGUAUGCUCAAUAGUUGACCAACAUGAUGGUGUAGACCAAUCCAUGAUUAUCCCAGUAUGGGUCAAAGGUAACACUUCAAAAGAAGUGCUGAGACGUUAUAACUCCCUCGUUCCGCCGCAAUAAAAUUCACGUCGUAAACGAAAGCGAGAUUUACCGUCGCUUAUGUUAACCUCUAAGAAGACUUCUUAUCAAUAAACUAAAACCCGGAAAAACUAGACCAACAGUUUGCGACCGAUUGCUGAAUAGACUUGGGCAGCUGAAGAAGCGUAUGCUUCGAGAUCAGAAGCACAAAAAUGAUUAUUAUAAAUUUAUGUCGGACAUCAUUGAGAAUUAUGCUGAACGGGUGCCUGAUGAUGAAGUAAGUUUGAGCAAUGGUAGAGUGAAUUAUGUUCCUCAUUUGGGUGCGUAUCAUCCAAAGAAACCUGAUAAAAUUCGUGUUGUGUUUGACUGUUCUGCAAAAUAUGGUGGUGUGUGUUUGAAUGAUUAUUUGCUUCCUGGGCCUGACCAGAUGAACAGUCUUUAGUGUAUUUUGCUCAGAUUUCGUAUGGAGAGAGUGGCUGUGAAGUGUGAUAAUAAAGCAUUUUUUCAUCAAUUUUUAGUUGAUGAACCGCACCGUGAUCUGUUACGUUUUUUAUGGUGGAAUAAUAGUGAUAUGACUGGUAACUUAUGCGAUUACAAGUUGAAAAUUCACCUAUUUGGUGCAAUUUCAUCACCUGGCUGUGCAAGUUUCGGGUUAAAGCAUGCUGCAGAUGAUGGUGAGUCUUCCUUUGGUAAGGAAGCAGCAGACUUCAUUCGUAAUGAAUUUUACGUUGAUGAUGGUCUGACUUCAAAGCCAAAUGCAGAGGAUGCUAUUGAGUUGAUAAAAAAUAGCACAAAUUUGUGUUCGAAUGCUGGUUUGAAUCUCUGUAAGAUAAUGUCUAAUAGUCGGGAGGUUCUUGAAAGCGUUCCUCAAUUGUCUGUGUCUCCUAGUGUGCAGUGUUUGGAUCCAAAAUCUGAUCCCUUACCUGUUGAAAGAGCUCUGGGUGUGGACUGGUCUGUGGAGGAUUGAUUGCAUUACACCUUUAUUGUGUUAGUAACUUGAAUUUACUUAUUUACUGUGUUAGU